AUGGACGCUAUAGCUGAUACAACGAUAGCCCAGGCCCCUGGUGCUGCCUCCCAUGCUACUGAAGAUACCCCUUCGUUGUUGGCGGUGGUAAUAGAGACGAAUCCACUUUUUUGGGUACCAUUGCAACAACAGACGGAGUUGAAAUCAGUAAUAGAGUCAUUGAUUGUCGCCAUGAAUGCGCAUCUAGCCAUAAAUAAUUCUAAUGAAGUUAUUGUCAUUGCUGCGCAUUCAGGAAAGGCUCAGUUUCUCUUUCCAGACCCAAACGUACUAAAGAAUGAUACCAAUCCUCCCAAGAUGGAUUCUCACUCACCGAACAGCGUCUCGAAUAAAUCGACCUCCCCUACCCCCGAUGUGAUUGAUGAUAAGAGACAGUAUUUGAAGAAUAAGAACAUUUAUCGACAGUUUAAACUCAUGGACGAAUCAGUGUUUGAGAAACUUGAACAAUUGUUCAAUGAUACGGUGGCCGAUAACUCCAAAUUUAAAUCCACGGUCCCUGGUGCGAUAUCUAUGGCGUUAACUUUCAUCAAUAGAAUGCGACAGGUACGUGAAGGUAUCACGAUGAAUUCAAGAAUAUUAGUAGCGAGUGUGGGUGGUGAUCAGACGAUGUCAUACAUCCCGACGAUGAACAGUAUUUUUGCAGCCCAAGGUAUGAGAAUACCUAUCGAUGUAUGCAAACUAGGCAAUGAUUCAACUUUUCUACAACAAGCAGCCGAUGUAACGGGCGGGAUCUAUUUACUAAUAACUAAUCCAAAUGGUUUAAUACAAUAUCUCACUACAGUUUUUUUCAUUGAUCCGUCGAUCAGAAACUAUGUGGCGUUACCUGUCAAUAAUAACAUCGACUUUAGGGCAUCAUGCUUUAUAACCGGUAACAUCGUGGAUAUAGGUUAUGUUUGCUCUGUGUGCUUGUGUGUGUUGAGCAUGAUUCCAAGUGACAAGAAAUGUCCAACUUGUGAAAGUACUUUCGAUCCACAAGCUUUGGAAAAACUUGCGCGCAAGCCGUUCGUUAAAAGGAAGGUUGUAGCCAACGGGAAUAGCGAAACACCAAAUGCCACACCGACCCCUGCUGGUACUCCUCAGCCAAAAUAG